UGCCCCCGCGCCCGGUUGCAUCGGCGUGUGAAAAGAGUGAAACAAACAGUCAAAACGUCGAACAGUAAACACUUCUUUGACAUCUCCAAAACUUCAAAAUUCAAAAUUCAACUUCUUUCUCUCUCUCUCUCUCUCUCUCUCUGCUCUUCCUCCCUCCCAUCCCACUGACUCUCCCACUGAAACUCAAAAACCCCAAAAUUCAAACAACACAAGAAAUCGUUGCUGAUCUCAAAUGGCCGCCAACUCUUCUGAUUCCUCAAUCGCUCCUCUCCCUGCCGCUCCUCUUCCACUCUCAUCCACGAAGGAGAAUCUGACCCCCAUUGGCUCCAAAAUUGCGGAAUUGAAUGAAUCGAGGUCUGAGCUGCUUGGCAGAAUUCAAGGGUUGAAGCAGGAUUUGCAAAGUUGGAGGUCAAAAUUGGACACUCAAGUUAAGGUCUACCGCGAUGAGCUUUCGGAACUUAAGAAAUCACUCAACACUGAAGUGGAUCAGCUUCGAUCCGAAUUCCAAGAACUGAGGACCACUCUUCAGCAGCAGCAAGAAGAUGUUACUACUAGUCUUAGAAACUUGGGGCUGCAGGAUGUCUCAGGAGAUAAAAAAGAAGGCCAAGAGACCCAAGAUACUGUGGUUGAAGAAAAUGGUGACAAAGAAUCAAAUGUUUCAACUAAGGAGGUUGGGACUAAAGAAGCUGAAAGCUAGAUAGGCUUUACCCUUGAGCAUGCAUGGCUUAUGUUUAUUCCUGAAGGGAAAGAAAUCUAUGGGGUUGAUAUGUUGGUUUAGUUAGAACUUGCCACAACCUUGUUGUUGUCUUGCAAUAGUGUAGAACUCUCUUUCUGAAUCAAAUUAUGUGGAAUUUUGCCCAGUAUCCUCAAUUUAAGCAGCUCUCUCUCUAUGCAGCUUUUCUUCUA